CCGUGGAGGUCGGCCACGCGGCCUUCGCGUCCAUGAUGGACCUCCAGUGGCGCGCCAUGUUCUCGGCCGGCCUGGACGAGGCCACGUCCGGCGAGCUGCACGGCUUCGCGCGGGAGGCCGUGGCGCACUCUCUCAGGCCCAACGUCUCCGACUUCUUCCCGGCGCUCGCGGCCGCUGACCUCCAGCGUGUGAGGCGAGGCUUCGCCACACACCUGGCAAGGGUUUACCGGCUCAUCGACCAACAGAUCGAGCAGCGGAGGCGCGCCCGGCAAGCCGGCGACGGCGAUGCGCGCAAGGACGACCUGCUGGACGUGAUGCUCGACAUGUCGGAGGAGCAAGGAGGCAAGGACGUCGACGACGGCUUGGUUAACCAGGAUUUCAUGAGGGCCUUCUUCACGGACAUAUUUCUUGCGGCCAACGACACUGUUUCGGGUACAAUUGAGUGGGCUAUGGCAGAGCUACUACAGGACCCACAGUCCAUGACAAAACUACAACAAGAGCUCAAAAGUGUCGUUGGAUCAAAGACGCACGUUGAAUACUCCGACAUCGACCAGCUCCCCUAUCUCCAAGCAGUCGUCAAGGAGACGCUCCGUCUGCACGCGGUGGUGCCGCUGGUGCCCAACAAGGCCGAGGCCACGGUGAAGAUACAGGGCCACACCGUCCCCAAGGGGAGCACCGUGCUGGUGAACGUGUGGGCGGUCCACCACGACACCGAGGCGUGGCCGGAGCCGAACAAGUUCAUCCCGGAGAGGUUCCUGCAGCACGAGCAGGAGGUGAGUUUCCAGGGCGCGGCCGACUUCAGGUUCGUCCCGUUCAGCGCCGGGAGGCGCACCUGCCUCGGCCUGCCGAUGGCGACCAGGAUGAUCCAUGCCAUGCUCGGCUCGCUGUUGCACUGCUUUGAGUGGAAGCUGCCACACGAGGUGGAGAGAAGUGGUGUGGAUAUGUCGGAGAAGGUUGGGAUCACCAUGGCCAUGGCUACUCCCCUCCAGGCUAUAGCCUGCAGGAGAAUCUGAGGGCUUGGCUUUGGGUGUACUUUGUUGUUUCUUCCGUGGAAUAUAUGUAUGCAUGUCUGGUGUGCAUAUAAGCGAAUAAAAGUAAUGGGAAACCGGUAUAUAAUGUUAUCUGCCUUGUUGGAAA